AGAGUGAGCAGAUUAUUUUUUUUCAGUUGUAAUUGUUUGCUUAUUUUUGUUAAACAUACAAAAUCUCUAGGAAAGGAUGUAAGUCAGACCUGCUUUGCAGAAGGUAUCUGGAAGUAAAGGAGGGUUUCACUAACAUCAUCUUGUGUUGGACAGGACUGCCUCUGGUAAAAGCAAAAUGGCUUUCAGUAAAGGAUACCGCAUCUAUCACAAGCUGGAUCCACUUCCAUUCAGUGUGAUAGUGGAAGCCAGAAACAGAGAAGAAUGUCUCAUGUUUGAAUCCGGAGCUGUGGCUGUCCUCUCUUCUGCAGAAAAAGACACAAUCAAGAAUACCUAUUCCAAAGUAAUGGACGCAUAUGGGCUUUUGGGUGUAUUAAGAUUAAAUCUUGGAGACACAUUGUUACAUUAUCUGGUUCUAGUAACAGGAUGCAUGUCUGUGGGAAAGAUUCAAGACUCGGAAGUUUUUCGAGUUACUUCCACCGAGUUUGUAUCGUUACGAAUUGAUUCAACAGAUGAGGAUCGUAUUUCAGAAGUGCGCAAAGUUCUGAACUCGGGCAACUUUUAUUUUGCAUGGUCUGCAACUGGGGUCAGUUUAGAUCUUAGUCUCAAUGCUCACCGCAGUAUGCAGGAGCACACCACUGACAAUAGGUUCUUCUGGAACCAGUCACUACAUUUACACCUGAAGCACUAUGGUGUGAACUGUGAUGACUGGUUGUUACGUCUCAUGUGUGGAGGAGUGGAGAUAAGGACAAUUUAUGCGGCUCACAAGCAGGCAAAGGCUUGUCUCAUUUCACGACUGAGCUGUGAGCGGGCUGGCACCAGAUUUAACGUUCGGGGAACAAAUGAUGAUGGGCACGUUGCUAACUUUGUUGAAACAGAGCAGGUGAUAUUUUUGGAUGACUCUGUGUCAUCUUUCAUACAGAUCCGAGGAUCUGUUCCAUUAUUUUGGGAACAGCCAGGUCUGCAGGUGGGAUCCCAUCGUGUCAGAAUGUCAAGGGGUUUCGAGGCGAAUGCACCAGCUUUUGACAGGCAUUUCCAAACUCUUAAAAAUUUAUAUGGCAAGCAAAUAAUUGUAAAUUUACUUGGGGCAAAAGAAGGGGAGCACAUGCUCAGCAAAGCUUUUCAGAGCCAUUUGAAAGCAUCUGAACAUUCAGCUGAUAUCAAAAUGGUGAACUUCGACUAUCAUCAAAUGGUUAAAGGUGGAAAGGCAGAAAAACUGCACAGUGUGCUUAAACCUCAAGUCCAGAAAUUCUUAGAAUGUGGAUUUUUUUAUUUUGAUGGAAAGGAAGUUAAAAGAUCUCAAAGCGGUACUGUCAGAACAAACUGCUUGGACUGUCUGGAUAGGACAAACAGCGUACAAGCUUUCUUUGGCUUGGAGAUGCUAACAAAACAACUGGAGGUGUUAGGAUUAGCUGAGAAGCCUCAGCUGGUUACUCGCUUUCAGGAAGUUUUCCGAUCCAUGUGGUCUGUGAAUGGUGAUUCUGUCAGUAAAAUUUAUGCUGGAACUGGAGCCCUUGAAGGGAAAGCUAAGGCUGGAAAGCUGAAGGAUGGUGCUCGUUCUGUGACCAGAACGAUUCAAAAUAACUUUUUUGAUAGCUCCAAGCAGGAGGCCAUUGAUGUUUUGUUAUUGGGAAAUACCCUAAAUAGUGAUUUAGCAGAUAAAGCACGGGCUCUCUUAACCACCAGCAGUUUACGCGCAUCUGUAAAAGUGCUAAAGAGUAUGUGUGAAAACUUUUAUAAGUAUGCAAAACCGAAAAAAAUUAGAGUCUGUGUUGGGACGUGGAAUGUCAACGGGGGGAAGCAGUUUCGGAGUAUUGCCUUUAGAAAUCAGACCCUCACUGACUGGCUUCUAGAUGCACCAAAGUUAGCUGGAAUUCAUGAAUUCCAAGAUCGCAAAAGCAAGCCUGUAGACAUAUUUGCCAUUGGAUUUGAAGAAAUGGUGGAGUUAAAUGCAGGAAACAUUGUGAAUGCCAGCACAACCAAUCAGAAGCUCUGGGCUGCUGAGCUGCAGAAGACUAUAUCAAGAGAUUACAAGUAUGUGCUGCUGGCUUCUGAGCAGUUGGUGGGUGUCUGCCUUUUUGUGUUCAUCAGGCCCCAGCAUGCGCCUUUUAUCAGGGAUGUUGCUGUUGACACUGUAAAGACUGGCAUGGGAGGAGCCACUGGUAAUAAAGGUGCAGUAGCAAUUCGGAUGUUGUUUCAUACAUCCAGUCUUUGCUUUGUCUGCAGUCAUUUUGCUGCAGGGCAAUCACAAGUUAAAGAGAGAAAUGAAGACUUCGUAGAAAUAGCUCGCAAGCUCAGUUUUCCAAUGGGAAGGAUGCUCUUUUCCCAUGAUUAUAUCUUUUGGUGUGGUGACUUUAAUUAUCGAAUCGAUAUUCCAAAUGAGGAGGUUAAGGACCUAAUACGACAACAGAACUGGGACUCCCUUAUUGCAGGAGACCAGCUUAUGAACCAGAAAAAUUCUGGACAGAUUUUUAGGGGGUUUUUGGAAGGCAAAAUAAAUUUUGCUCCCACGUACAAAUAUGAUCUGUUUUCUGAUGACUAUGAUACCAGUGAAAAGUGUCGCACACCAGCAUGGACAGAUCGUAUUCUCUGGAGAAGAAGAAAAUGGCCUUUUGACCGAUCAGCUGAAGACCUGGAUCUUCUGAAUGCUGGUUUUCACAGUGACAGUAACAUCCCUUAUACAUGGAAUCCUGGUACUUUGCUGCACUAUGGAAGAGCAGAGCUGAAAACAUCUGAUCAUAGGCCUGUGGUUGCAUUGAUUGACAUUGACAUAUUUGAAAUUGAAGCAGAAGAGAGACAAAAGGUUUAUAAGGAGGUGAUUGCAAUGCAAGGACCACCUGAUGGUACUGUAAUGGUCUCCAUCAAAAGUUCUUCAGCAGAAGAAAACUAUUUUGACGACAACUUAAUUGAUGAACUUCUUCAAAAAUUUGCAAGCUAUGGGGAAGUUAUACUUAUAAGGUUUGUAGAAGACAAAAUGUGGGUAACAUUUUUGGAAGGAAGCUCUGCUUUGAAUGUUAUGAAUUUGAAUGGUACUGAGCUACUAGGAAGGAUUAUAAACAUAAGUUUGAAAAAUCCAGAUUGGAUCAGAACUUUGGAAGAUGAAAUGAAUCUAGAGAAGAUUAAUAUUGGGCUACCUUCAUCAACAAGCUCCACUUUGCUUUGUGAAGAUGCUGAGGUUACUGCUGACUAUGAUAUGGAAGGAGACAUUGAUGACUACAGUGCAGAAGUAGAAGAAAUCCUUCCUCAGCAUCUACAGCCUACUUCAAGUUCUGGUCUUGGAACCUCCCCAAGCUCUUCACCACGUUCCAGUCCCUGUCAGUCCCCUACGCUGUCAGAUGGACCUGCACUCCCAGUGAGACCGAGCCGAGCACCGGCAAAAACUCCUGGACCACCUGUUUCCACACACACUGAAUUUCAGGUUGGCACCCAGCAGAAAGAGCCUUCGCAGAGCCUGGAGCCUAAGCGUCCUCCUCCACCUCGCCCCGUUGCUCCGCCUGCACGCCCCGCUCCACCACAGAGGCCACCUCCACCAUCAGGUCUUGGAGCUCCUCCCAGUCCUGGGGUAGCUAGGAGAGAAGUAGAAGUUCGCAAUCAGCCUCCACCUUCACCUGGAAUUUCAAGCACAGGAGCUGCUGGAUAUAGUACAACCAGACCGACUAUUCCACCUCGAGCUGGAGUUAUUAGUGCACCACAAAGCCAUGCCCGUCCCUCUGGGGGAAGACCAGCACCCGAAACUCAGACCAAACCAGCUGAACCACCAAGGGGCUCACCGGUGCUUCCUGAACCACUAAAGCCUCAGGCUGCUGGACCUGCUCAGCCCACGACCACUCAGACACCUCCUGCACUAAAAAUGCAGGAGCCUCUGAUACCUGUGUCAUCACAUCCACCUCAGACAAGUGCCCCACAGAGUCUGGAACCCCCACAACCACCUCCUCGUAGCCGAUCAUCUCAAAGUUUGCCUUCUGAAUCUGCUCCUUCACAGCAGCAAAUUAAAACAAAUGGAGCGUACGGCACUAAACUUGAAACACAGUUAAACAGUGACCCUUUUGAAGAUUUGUCGUUUAAGCUGCUUGUGUCAAAGAUGCAGACAUCUGUCCGAAAAUCACCUGUUCCAACUUUGAACCCGAAGGAGUUAAUGCAGUUGCCUUCAGCAACACAAAGAAAUGCUGAUACUUUGAAUACUUUAAAUUGCAUGCCAGCGAUGCCUCCUAUUCCAACCUUUAACACAUCACAGGAACAUAAGCGCAGCUCUCCAAAUCCAUUUAUUACUGGACUGAACUGCACAAACCCAUUCACUGAAAGAACUCCUAAUGCUGGAAACCCAUUUAGAACAGAUACACAAGAGUCUGAAAUAACUUCACAUUUACUAGAAGAACGUGCCACUUGCAAUCCUUUCCCUUCUCUAAAUCCUCUCAGUUGUAAUACAGGCAAGCCUGUAUUUUCUGUGGAUGCAUCUGAAAACACUUUUUGCUUGCCAGGUAAAUCUGUCAUGGUAAAAAAUGUACAGCCAAAAGGAUGGGUAACAUUUGAUGAUGAUGAUGAUGAUAAUUUCAAGGUAAAGCUAAAGCCAUCUAAAAGUGUUCCAGAUAUUAAGCAAAUCAGCUCCAGGAAGUCAGAUGGAUCUCCAGAUUUGCUGGGCACUGAACAAAAUACUUUUCUUGGUUCAGACUUUAACUUUGAUAAUGACUGGAAUAGAAGUUUGACUGAUUGCUUCUAUACAAUGCCAGCAAGAAGACCACCUGCACCUCCCAUACCAUCAAGAGUAACCAGCAACAGAUCCCCUGCAGAUCCUUUCACUUCCUUGGCACCUAAGGUGUCACCAACACAAGAUUUUACAGAAAGAUAGAUGUUCAAAUAUAUAAGAGGUUAUAUUUGUUGCUACAUUUAUCCAGUAGAAUAAUUGGGCAUUUGAGAUUAUUCUGUGUGCAAUAAUUAUGUCAAAUGCACUGAAACGUAACUCUGCUCGUAAACAGCCACUAUUGUUUGUGUAUAGAUUUUGAAUAUGUAUAUAUGGUAGAGCACAAAAAAUUGUCUGAAAUGUAUUAAAAUCCCAAUAGUGUUUGAAUAGACAGAGAAAAGAGGGAUGAGCUACUAAUCUCAUUAAAAUAUAGCAAUCUUGAAAAUGUUUUUUGCUUAGGGAGCCCUCCCAUUUGUGUUCCUCUUUGUGGAAUUUCUAGGAAAGAGGCUCCUUGCUGGUAGCCUCCCUAUUCCCUUUUUACUGUUUUGUUAAUUGAUAUUUAUAAAUUGAUAUUUACCAAAGAGCUGCCAAAGUUUAUUGAGAUUUGAAUGUUGACAAGUAUUGUUUAGAAGUUGUUUAAUUUAUAACAGAGGCUGUGGAUAUUUGUAAGGCAUAUAUUUGAAUGUGAGGCACAACAAAAAUAGUUUAAUUUCAAACAAAACUUUGCUUAUUAAUAUAUUCAAUAUUUUAAUUUUCUGUGUCAGUAUAUUUCAGCUAUUAAAUCUUACUGUGACAUAUACUCACUAGCAUUACUUCAGAAUAACUGUUCCAUAUCAUCCACUUAUUUUCAAGAUGCUUCCCUCCCCCCUGCCAGAUUGGAAACAACGGAUACAAGAAGUUUUCCCUCAACCUCUGGGAAGAAAAUUCCCCUUGGGUUUUGAGAAAAAAAGUAGUCUUUAUCAGUUGCAGACAACAUAUUGGAGUUGGCUUGUCCCGCUCUGCUCUUCUGCACAUUUAGAAGGGUCCUAUAGAAAGCCCUCAGCAAAGGAAUCAGCAGCCAUGUUAUAACAGCAGAGGAGAUAGUCAUCUUGUGUGAUGGGGUUCUCUCCUCAGCAUCCUCCCCAUCCACAAGACUGACUGCUGUAUUUGUAAAAUUGUACUUUCAAAGAAAACAAGGAGAACAGUAGUUCUCUGAACAAUAUCAUUCCAUCACUUCUGCAGUUAAAACUGAAUGAGUGACUUCCUCACUCAGUGACAGGGACCAUUGGCAGUGUGGUGCUGCUUCGAGGCUAGUGAAGACUUAGUCACCAUUCUACAUGCUAUGCUAUAUAAACAUAACUCUUUGUGCUUUUAUGUUUUUCUAAAGCUCAAAUGAGAUUACAUAAAAUAUGGCAUGUUGUUAUCCUGAGGCAAUUUGAAAUAACCGAUUUCCUUAGCUCCAUUUAUGUGUGCUAUAAAAACCCUGCAGUUCUCCUUGCAAUUCGUAGUGUCUUAGGACAGAACUUGGUAUACACAACUGCCUACUUUUAUCCAAAGCUGAACGUGUCACGCUGUUGUCAUUUUUGGGGGACUGCAAAUAUAUCCCUACAUGCCUUGGCUUAAUUGUGAACAAACUGCUGGUUCUGCAAAACCAGGAACUGAAACACAACACACUAGCGUUAUUUUUACAGUAGCAAAACGCACAGUGUUAGUACUUUUUUAAAAUGCUGUCAAAAGGUUAUUUACAAAAUAAUCCACUCUUCCUUUAAACAGUGUAUGGUUGGCCAUGAGCUGCAGUUGGGUAAAGGAUAGUGAGUUUUCUAUUGCGCUUUGUAUCUGUUCAGGCCAUUAAACAGCACUUGUACAUUUUACACAGCAGUGGUAUUAUACUCUUUGUGUGCUUCAGUGCGUGAAUUCCCUUGUUUUAAACUGUUGCUAUAAACAUCUGUGUGAUUGGUGUUUUGGUAUAUUCUUACAUUAUUUCAAAACAAUUUUGGGGGAAACUUUUGCUAGUGGGAGUUAACGUGAUAAGUAUGUUCUUCGUUGAGUAUUUAAUUACAGUGAUUACAAACUACUGGCUAAACUGUACCUGGUAUACAGCACCUCUACACCUUACAGGAUUAUGGAGACUGACAGCGAUGUACUGCCAACAUCACCGGAAAUCUCCAGAAAUAUAGUGUGUGUAUAUAUAUAUAUAGCUAACCACUGUAACGUGUAUUAACGACAAUAAUUACUAGCAGGAGUUCUGAAGAUAAUGAGAAUUAAAAUUAGAGACGCUCCACACGU